UCUUGGAAGAAACUUUGACACAAAAUCCAAAUUUUUUUCAGCCUUCUUUCCGGUUAAAUGAGGUGCAAAGCUGGAUCAAAAGUGGCUUAAGAGAUUUUUUUCCGUUUCCCGAGCAUCAGUGUAUUGGGGCAUCCCAGUUCCUAAUGACAAUAAGCAAACCAUAUAUGUGUGGCUUGAUGCAUUACGAGGAUAUGUAUCAGCACUAUCAGAGGAAGCAGGGCAAGCUAAUCUACAAAGUGCUGUUUCUUCAGCAAAUAUGGAAUGACAUAAACUUUGGUGAGAGUGAAGCAGACAAAGAUCACACGCUGUUGGAAUUGGAGAGGGAAUGCUUAGAAGUAUACAGGCCAAAGGUUGAGGAGACUGCCAAUGCCAAGGCACGCUUCCAUAGUCUGUUGCAGCCAAAGAAGCUGAACUUGCCACUCUCAUGGCUGAACACCUCCAUCAGGAUUUUGGGACUAUUGUGGACUAGGUAAUAUACUAAUUUGUGGUCUUUUGAUGUAUGUGAGGUUGUGGAACACAUUGAAAGAUAUUUGGAGCAUUUUAUAUAAUAUUGUGUUUUGAGAUA